CUCUGUUCAUUCAUCGGAAAGACGGCCACCUUCCGGUUUGCCCAUUUAGCAGCGCAUGCAACGGAUUCGGCAUGCCGUUUUUGUUCGCGGGUUGAUUGUGCCGAUGGGAUCGAAAGUCAUUUGGCGAGAGUGCACUCUCAUUUUGGAGAUUUCUCCGGAGGUUCGACGACGUUUGAGAGCUUACCUGAGCAGCAGCGCUACGAUAUUUGUUUCUCGGAUGAAAAGUACCCGCAGAAGCGGACGCUGCUGUCUUUGAUGCACAACGAGCUGCUCGUCACCCCGACGAAAGCCGAUACCUUGACGCCAAGAAAAUGGAAGUCGGAGCCCGAAGAUAUUGAUGCUACGAUGGAAUCUGCUUACAAUAUUGCCAAGCGCGCGAUCACGCCGGAAUUAGAUUGUUUUGAGGAUUCCGAUACCUCUACCGGCUACUCGUCUCGCCAAUCUACCUCCACGAGCUCGACCGAACUCUCGAUCCACUUGGAGUGGCCGUUCAGGCUGAAAUUUGGAGAUGGACUGUUAACGUGUAGAAAAUGUGAUGUUCAAUACCCUGCGUUGCAAGACCUGAAAACCAGGCAUCCGUGUAACCGAUACAACGAUGGGAAAGAUCGACGUCGGAACGAAGUCGUUAUAGACGAAAGACUGCUUUGCCCGAUUGGCUGUGGAAAAAGAAUUUCAACCUCGUUCCGAAGAAGCUGCGUUGAAUACUACCAAAUUCGGCAUCUAGUGCGAGCUCAUCAUUUCGACAAAAGGGCCUUCGAGAAGGCGGUCGAGUUGUCGAAAACCACGACGUUCCAACGGGAUAUGCCCCACCUAUCCGUCGAAAAGUCGUUCGCCUCCUAUAUCGACGCGAAGCGCCCGUUCGCGUGCAGCGCAUGUUAUGUGACGUUUAAAUACGAGGAGGAGCUCCGCUUUCACUUCCGCCGCCAGCACACUGACGCUUUCUACCGACGCCGUGUCUACAACGACUCGAAAUACGAGGGCGCCUUCGAUUUUUACAAUAAGCAGAAGCCAGUGCCGGUGGAAAAGGCCCCGGCCUCCCCAACGAACGUGCGCGACGUUUUCGAGUGGCUCGGCCAGGGCCCCAUCCUCAAGCAGCUGCACUCGCCGAAGGUGGAAUACCAGAAAAAGCUGCUGACCCGCGGGGGCGGCAUGUUACGCGACCGGACGGCCGCCUUUGACAUGGAGUGCGACCCGGCGGAGGAGGUCGAAAAAAUACUGCCCGAAAUAUCGGAGCUGGAGCCGAUCGACGUCUCGCAUCUUCCGAAGAUCUCAACGGGCGCGAAAUGUCCAGAAUGCGCAUUCGUUGGUUUGGAUGGAGAGCACACGCGUGUCCAUUACGCCAGGGAGCACAAACAGGGCAACGCACUUACAAAUGGCGUCCCAUGGUUCAGCAUCUGCGGCGAGUGCGAGAAGCCCUUCUCGGAUUUUGACAGUCUGCGAACGCACGUUGCCGACGCCCACGCAGCUGAUGAGGAGUGCUACAAGUGCCCGACGUGCUGCAUCUCGUUCCAGAAGGCCGGCCAUUUCCGGACUCACAUGGCCAGAUACCACCCGGCACUUGAUGAGCUGAUGAAA